UAUUUUUAUAUGGUUAUAGUCCCGUAUCAAAUUCAAACAUUGCUUUAUUUCACCCUUUUUACGUUGAGUCAUUCACCUUAAUGCUGUGUUUACCUUUUCUUUACGUAAUCACCCGUGUGGUCGCUUUACGGCAGAGCGUGGAGGUCAGAGAAGCAUGAUAAAAAGCGAACCCAACCAUCCAUUACAAAAAGCUGAUCAGUUCAAUACCUGACUACUUACAGUAAGACAGUGUACAAACAUAUUGAAACGUAAACAUAUUACUGCGUUGUAGAUACCAGGAAAUAUCGUUAUAGCUUUUCCAACGAGAACUGUCGGUCCCUCGGAUUGCAUCAUAACGUUUGGUCUGCUAGGCUAGCUAGCUAGCUCACCCAAACAGGAUCUCCAGUCCAAACCAUUUGCCGGGUGAGUCUCCAGAUAUUCCCCAGAAAUGGACAACAACGCCCCCGGAUCGGGAGGGAAAGGCGGCUUCGGGAGUCUCUUUGGAGGCGGCGAAUACUCUAACACAGAGCUCGCCGGUGUCCCAUUGACUGGAAUGAGCCCCCUGUCACCUUAUCUCAAUGUCGACCCCCGCUACCUUGUACAGGACACAGAUGAGUUCAUCCUGCCCACAGGGGCCAACAAAACCAGAGGGAGGUUUGAACUAGCCUUCUUCACCAUCGGGGGAUGCUGUAUCACAGGAGCUGCGUUUGGGACAGUGAAUGGUCUGAGGAUGGGGUUGAAGGAUACGAGAGAAAUGGGCUGGACUAAACCUCGCAACGUCCAGAUUCUCAACAUGGUGACCAGACAAGGUGCAUCGUGGGCCAACACACUGGGCUCUGUUGCGUUGUUGUACAGUGUAUUUGGCGUGGCCAUAGAGAAGGCUAGAGGAGCAGAAGAUGACAUCAACACUGUGGCUGCUGGGACUCUCACAGGCAUGCUCUUCAAAUCCACAGGAGGGCUGAAGGGAGUGGCGCGUGGAGGUCUGGUGGGGUUAACCUUGUCCGGUGCCUACGCUCUCUACAGCAACUGGGACCAUAUCAGAGGUGGCUCCUCCUCUUCAAGUCUCUACUGAACACGCCCCCGUCUAUUUGGUUCCAUCCAAAAUGGCACCUUAUUCCCUACUUGGUGCACUACUUAUGGUCAGAUCCUCAGGGAAUAGGGUGCCAAUAUUUAAACCCCUCCCACAAAUAUCAGCCUCUCCCCCUGUUCACUUCCUAAUUUGAAGGGGUUCUGGGAUAUUGGAGGAAUGACUGAGAUGUCGUUAAACCAUUGACUAAAUGACCUCCAGGCAACACUCCUCUGUCUACACACAACUGCCCCUGCUGCCCCCACCCUGUGACAGAGCCCUGUCCCUUUGGGGUACCUCCCCUCUCACCCCCACCGAUCUGAAAAGCUAUUUCCAAGGGGUUCAUGUGUUAUUGUAUUGGGAACUGUUUUUAGAAAUGUAUCUUGUGUUUAUAUUAUUCAAUGCUGCGUCCAGUAGCCUGGAAGAGAGAAAAAGUCAUGUUAAGAGUAUGUACUAAGCAGAGGGCGACUGGGGUCCUGUUGUAAUACUUUUCACAUGCCUCCUCUCUCCCUGCGAAGUAAUCACUGAUCUGACAUGACUGGAGUGAUGGAAACAAUGCAGUGGAAAUCUGUUUACACCGAUCCAGUCAUGUCCGAUCAGUGAUUUAAUUAAAAGAGGGGAGGGGUGAAGGAAUGAUGCAUUUGAAGACCUCUGCUGGUGUUACCGACUGGGUAUUUAAAGGGCAACCCCUCCACUCUUCAACCUCAUUUUCAUUAUCUCCAGCACAAUACCAGCGUUUACAUUAUGUGAAAACGGCACAUUUCUAAGUCUUGUAGGGGGGGGAAUUAAGUUUAAAAGUUCUACUCGACAUCAUCAAAAGUGAUUUUCAAACACUGAGGUUCGCGGUGACGUGGGAAGCAAGAAAAUACCGCCCUUGGUCUAGAAACUCGUUGCCUGUUUUGAAAAUCACUGUUUUACCCUGUGAUGUCACAGAAUCUUUUUUUUUUUUUAGGACCAGAUGUUUUUAACCA